AUGAAACGCCCAAGAGAGUAUCCUGCGAGUCUUGCCGCCGAAGAAAAAUCAAAUGCGACAAAAAUCUGCCUUGUGGUCAAUGCGCAUUAUCAUUUUAUGCCAGUCCACAAGAAGAGAAAAAAGGCAUCGGAUGAAAAGAUUGAAUUGCUUGAGAAGAGAAUAAAAGCCAUGGAAGCAUCUGCCCAUUCUGGUUCAGCGCCUCGGGCUGCUACAGAGGUGAGCAACACAAACCUCAUUUCUCCAGGCCUUCAGACACGGAACCAGGAUACAUCUGAGGUCUCUUCAUCUAUUGCAAGCGGCAUGCCAUUAGCAGCCGACCCCUACGCAAAAAUUUACCACUCCGUUGAUAAAGGAGACCUUGAGUUCCAAGGCUACUCCGCAGAUCGCACCUUCAUUGAAGGUUUCAAGCAUGGAUUGGGAGAUUGGGCAUAUGAUUCAUCACAUACACGACUCUCAACUGUCUUCUCAGUCCCUGGACUUUUUGACACUUCCAGGAAACCGCCGGUUGAUGUCAUCCUUCCACCUAGAGAAGUGGCAAAUAAAUUGGUUGAAGCGGCUCUGGACGCUCAGAUUCUGUUUUGCGUCAUCCACCGCCCAUCUUUCAAUAAUCUGAUCAAUCUCAUCUAUUCCCUCGACCAAACAAAUUACAGUAUCCAGGAAUGGCGUUUUUUGGCUCUUUUCUACGCCGUUCUUGCCUAUGGCAGCCUAUUUGUCGACUUGUGUGAAGACCAAGAACACGAUGCACUCUCGCAAGCGUCUUUUUAUUACGAGAAGAGCAUAAGACUCCAGGACAUCGCUGAUUGUAAAGAUCUUGUAUCCCUUCAGGCUAUCGUUUUCAAGAUUCUUUUUCUUCUUGCAACUACUCGAGUCUUCACUUGCUACACCUAUAUAACCGCUGCAUUAUCGGUGGCUUUACGGAUGGGACUCCAUCGAUCCUUCAUAAACCAUCAAGAUCUGAUCUCGCGAGAAAUCGGCAAACGAGUGUUUUGGGCUCUAUGGAUCCUGGCCAAUGAAGUCGCCGCCCUUUGCGGCCUCCCAAAUCUUCUUAGUCGCGAGGAGAUUGAUCAGGAAUCCCCGAUAGAAACUAACGACUCUUAUAUCGAGCUGGGACAGAUCCGGCAGCAACCAGAAGGUGAAGUCUGUCUUGUGGCUAUUGCAAAUGUCUAUCGACGACUUCAUAUGAUUUUUCAAGGGAUUAUCAAGCACAUCUAUUCCGAGAAACGCUUCAACGUGUUCCAGCCAGGGAGUACGGUGUGUUGUUCUGUCAGCAUGGACAAAUUAAAAGGAAUUGAAGAAGAGUUUCACCAAUGGGCUCGAGGGAUGCCUGAUCUUUACGCGCUAGGGAACAAUAUCGAAAACUCUCAAUUAACAGCAUUCACGCUCUGCAUAACGUAUGCACAAGCCCAGAUCUAUCUUUAUCGCCCUUUUCUACAACAUCUCAUGACGUGUGCGGGUGAUCCAAAUCUGCCAGAGAACACAAACGCCAAAUGGCUUGCCACGAUAUGCAUCCAGGCAUGCGAGAACAUCAUCAUGCUAUGCGAUGACAUGUAUAGACGAGGGUUAUUGAGCGGCGGCAAUUGGCUCGUUUCUCGCGCGCUUUUUAACUCCACCUUGACGCUUUUCUACGUUGUUCUGACGUUCAGUGAUACUCUUCAGACACGAUCCAUUCUCAGAUGUUUGGCAUUGGGAAGAAAGGUGGCAGAUCGUAUUGCAAAGCGCAGCGUCCCCGGCCAUCGAUGGAAAGUUAUGAUGAAGGUUAUGAUCGCAACUCUCCCAAGCUGCGCUCGCCACAUUCAAGAGAGGCUUCUUGGCUUAGAACACAAGAUUCCAGACUUGGCUUUGUAUCAAACGGAGCUGAGAGUACCGGAUGAUACCUACACUGCUUCAUUGGGGAAGCAAACCAUGAAUCUUUUGGGCAGUGAUAGUUCAGCUGCAGACAAAAUGAAAUGGUUAGCACCUCACCUUCUCGAAACUCUCGGUCACGACUGUCCUCAACGAGAUGGCUGCCGAUCACCAUCAUUGAGGAUAAUUCCAAAACCAGCCGACAAUGCACGAGAGGCUUCCAUUGCCAGCUCACAAUUUGACAACAUCGAUGACUUCUUUUUGGGUAGCAGCGGUGAGCCUGGAGUCAAUCAUGGCUCUAUGGGUAUGCCGCUGGAAGCUGGUGAAAUGGACUUUGGAAAUCUUGAUGAAUUUUUAGACCUUCAAAACUGGCUAUAA